AUGGAUGGUUUUCCUGUACAUGUUGCCACCACUUCAUCCAUUAAUUGUUCAAGCAAUUGUCAUAGGGGAAAGAGACAGGAGAAUGAAAGUUACAACUUCAGCAAGAGUGCUCCAACAAGUGGGUUUUCAAGUCCUGCAGUUAGCCCUCGAAGAUCAAAGGCGGGGGAUCCUUUUCCUACGUUUGGGGCUUCUCAAGAACAAUAUCAGGAUACCUGGCCUUCAAGGUUAUCACCAAACAAUAUUGCUCAUAGUCCCAGUCAUUCUCCUCUUCCCAGCCCCACAUCUCGAAGUCCACGCUUGAACCACAAAAAUUCAAAUGGAAAUGUAUUUGCGUUGCAUCGUAAAUCAUUCACAGAGGGUUUUUCAGAGAGGGGUGAAAGUAGUAGUCAAGUCAAUGCUCACCCUUUGCCUUUGCCUCCUGGAGCCGUGGUACUUCCACAGCCAUCUAGCAUGCAUCACAAUGCAGAACUUCUGUCCACAUCAUCAAUGAAUGGUCAAUGGCAGAAGGGAAAACUUAUUGGACGAGGUACCUUUGGUAGUGUUUAUCUUGCAACCAACCGAGAGACCGGGGCCUUGUGUGCAAUGAAGGAAGUUGAUCUCAUUCCCGAUGAUCCUAAAUCUGCUGAAUGUAUAAAGCAAUUGGAGCAGGAAAUUAAAGUCCUCCAUAAACUAAAGCAUCCAAAUAUUGUGCAGUAUUAUGGUAGUGAAGUGAUUGAUGAUCACUUCUACAUAUACUUGGAGUAUGUUCAUCCUGGAUCAAUUAAUAAGUACGUCCAAGACCAUAUUGGAGCUAUGACAGAAUCUGUAGUUCGCAAUUUUACUCGCCAUAUCCUCUCUGGGUUGGCUUUUUUGCAUAGCACAAAGACAAUUCACAGCUUUGAUGAUUGUGAUAGGGAUAUAAAGGGUGCAAAUUUGCUUGUUGAUGCAUCAGGCGUUGUUAAACUUGCUGAUUUUGGGAUGGCAAAACAUCUUAACGGACACUCAUACAAUCUUUCUCUGAAGGGCAGUCCAUACUGGAUGGCUCCUGAGGUCAUAAAGGCUGUGAUGCAGAAUAAUGCUGAUCCUGAUCUUGCAUUGGCUGUUGAUAUAUGGAGCUUGGGUUGCACAAUCGUUGAGAUGUUCAACGGAAAACCUCCUUGGAGUGACUUUACAGGACCUCAAGCUAUGUUCAAGGUUCUGAACACAAUCCCAGAUAUACCAGAAACAUUAUCUGCAGAGGGAAAGGACUUCCUCAGUUGGUGUUUCCGUAGGAACCCUGCCGAGAGACCAUCAGCUAAUCAGCUACUAGAGCAUCCUUUUGUACGAAAUCCACAUGAUCAAACUGUCUCACACUAUGCCUCGAAUUUUGCUCUGAUGAACCUAAUAGUGAGUUUUCACGUAUUCAACACUUAG